AUGGAGGCGGGAGCGGUGGCAGUGGCGGUGGCGGUGGCGGUGGUUACAGUUUUGAUAAAGGAGGGUCAGUGUGCGAGCUUUAACAAGAGCUAUCUUUCAAAUAUUUCGCUAGUGGUUAAAAACUCGAGAAUAAACUUGGAGCUUAACUUGUUGAGAGAUCUGGUGGCGGGUGUUAUGAUGGACAUGGAUAUCUUCAUAAGCUUGCACAACACUGACAAGUACCAAAAAGUGUUUAAGUACUCGCUGGAUAUGUGCAAUAUGCUGGCACAAAGGAGGAACAACCUCUUCAAGAAGUGGUUUUCAACCUUCUUUAAUGCCGGAAAUUUUAAGAAGUAUUGCCCGGUGGAGCCGAAUUUCUAUUUCCUGAGAAACUAUAACUACAACACUCUCUUCAUGCCAAGGUUUUUAUACGCAAGCAAGUACAGGGUGAAGUUCGAAAUGCACCAGAUAAGGGAUAUCGACAGAAUCAGAGAUUUCGUCGUUACCUGUUCCUUUGACAUUGAAAUAAAGUAA